GAGAAAAAAAAAAAUAAGUCCCCACUCUCGCUUUCGUUCCCUCUUUUCCCCUCUUCCAGCAUCCUCUUCCUUUCCCUCUCUCUUCACCUUCCUCCGUGAAGCCCUCUUUCUCCCUUCUUUUUUUUAGGAGCAACGCACAUAGGCCCUUCUGUCCUAUAAAACUCAGGUCGAGCUAGUCCUCGGUCCUGGUCCUCUGUGUGUCGUUUCUCUUUUUUUCCCUCACCCUACUAUACAACCCCGCCUCUUAAGGCUUUUGACGAGAAAAAUCCGUCAAGAUGGUUAACUUCACCCUCGAAGAGAUUCGGUCCCUGAUGGACAAACCGAAGAACAUCCGUAACAUGUCCGUUAUUGCUCACGUCGAUCACGGAAAGUCGACUCUGUCCGACUCUCUGGUCCAGCGUGCCGGUAUCAUUGCCGCUGCCAAGGCCGGUGAGGCUCGUUUCAUGGACACUCGUGCGGACGAGCAGGAGCGUGGUAUCACUAUCAAGUCUACUGCCAUCUCCCUGUACGCCAAGUUCGAUGAUCCCGAGGAUCUCAAGGAGAUCCCUCAGGGUCAUGAUGGCCAUGAGUUCUUGAUCAACUUGAUCGACUCCCCCGGUCACGUUGAUUUCUCUUCUGAGGUCACUGCUGCUCUGCGUGUUACUGACGGUGCCCUUGUCGUCGUCGACUGUGUCUCCGGUGUCUGUGUCCAAACCGAGACUGUCCUUCGUCAGGCUCUUACCGAGCGUAUUAAGCCUGUUCUUAUCAUUAACAAGGUUGACCGUUCUAUGCUCGAGCUUCAGGUCUCCAAGGAGGAUCUCUACCAGUCCUUCUGCCGUACCAUCGAGUCCGUCAACGUCAUCGUGGCCACCUACGAGGACAAGGCUCUUGGUGACUGCAUGAUCUACCCUGAGAAGGGUACCGUUGCUUUCGGCUCCGGUCUUCACGGCUGGGCUUUCACUGUCCGCCAAUUCGCCGUCAAGUACGCCAAGAAGUUCGGUGUUGACCGCAAGAAGAUGCUUGAGCGUCUGUGGGGUGAUAACUACUUCAACCCCAAGACUAAGAAGUGGACUAAGACCAGUACCGAUGCUGAUGGCAAGCCUCUCGAGCGUGCCUUCACCCAGUUCAUCUUGGAUCCUAUCUUCAAGAUUUUCGACGCUGUCAACAACAACAAGAAGGACCAGGUCGGUACCCUAUUGGACAAGCUUGAAAUCAAGCUUGCCAGCGAUGAGAAGGAGCUUGAGGGUAAGCAGCUCCUCAAGACUAUCAUGCGCAAGUUCUUGCCCGCCGCCGAUGCUAUGUUGGAGAUGAUCUGUAUCCAUCUUCCUUCUCCCGUUACUGCCCAGCAGUACCGUGCCGAGACUCUGUACGAGGGUCCUCAUGAUGACAAGUGCUUCAACGCCAUCAAGAAGUGCCAGGGUGGUUACAAGGAUGAUGAGGGCAACCCCAUCCCUCUGAUGCUCUACGUUUCCAAGAUGGUUCCCACUUCUGAUAAGGGUCGUUUCUACGCUUUCGGUCGUGUCUACUCCGGUACCGUCAAGUCCGGUCUCCAGGUCCGCAUCCAGGGUCCUAACUACGUUCCUGGCAAGAAGGAUGAUCUGUUCGUCAAGAAGAUCCAGCGUACUGUUCUCAUGAUGGGUCGUUCUACCGAGGCUAUUGACGAUGUUCCCGCUGGUAACAUUGUCGGUUUGGUCGGUGUUGAUCAAUUCUUGCUCAAGUCUGGUACCCUCACCACCGAUGAGACCGCUCACAACCUCAAGGUCAUGAAGUUCUCUGUCUCCCCUGUCGUGCAGCGCUCCGUUGAGGUCAAGAACGCCGCCGAUCUGCCUAAGCUCGUCGAAGGUCUUAAGCGUCUGUCCAAGUCUGACCCUUGUGUCUUGACCAUGAUCAACGAGUCUGGUGAACACGUCGUUGCCGGUGCUGGUGAACUGCAUCUUGAGAUUUGCUUGAACGAUCUCGAGAAUGACCACGCUGGUGUUCCCCUCCGUAUCUCCGACCCUGUCGUCUCUUACCGUGAAUCCGUCGCUGGCACAUCCAGCAUGACUGCCCUCUCCAAGUCCCCCAACAAGCACAACCGUCUCUACGUCACUGCUCAGCCCAUUGAGGAGGAGGUCUCUCUCGCCAUCGAGGCUGGCAAGAUCAGCCCCCGUGACGAUUUCAAGGCUCGUGCCCGUCUCCUGGCCGAUGAGUACGGCUGGGAUGUCACUGAUGCCCGUAAGAUCUGGUGUUUCGGUCCCGACACCACCGGUGCCAACUUGCUGGUUGAUCAGACCAAGGCUGUCCAGUACCUCAACGAAAUCAAGGAUUCCUUCGUUUCCGGUUUCCAGUGGGCUACCCGUGAGGGCCCUAUGGCUGAGGAGCCCCUCCGCUCUGUCCGCUUCAACAUCCUCGAUGUUACCCUCCACGCUGAUGCCAUUCACCGUGGUGGUGGUCAGAUCAUCCCCACUGCUCGUCGUGUCCUGUACGCUGCUACCAUGCUUGCCGACCCCAGUCUGCUGGAGCCUAUCUUCAACGUCGAAAUCCAGGUUCCCGAGCAGGCCAUGGGUGGUAUCUACGGUGUCCUUACCCGUCGUCGUGGUCACGUCUACACCGAGGAGCAGAGACCCGGUACUCCUCUGUUCACCGUCAAGGCUUACCUACCUGUCAACGAGUCCUUCGGUUUCCCCGGCGAGCUUCGUCAGGCUACCGGUGGUCAGGCCUUCCCUCAGUCCGUCUUCGACCACUGGGCUGUUCUUCCUGGUGGUUCUCCUCUUGACGCUACCACUAAGCCUGGUCAGGUCGUUACUGAGAUGCGUAAGCGCAAGGGUCUCAAGGAGCAGGUUCCUGGAUACGAGAACUACUACGACAAGCUGUAAACUCAUUGAUUGCAAUUCCAUGUUUAUGAGAUCGACGAACGCAAUACAAUGUCUAUGUUAGGGCCGACACCCAAAAAUUCAAAAUAAAGCGCCGCAGCUGAAUGUCGUAUGUGGAUUUUCGAUACCUAGAAGUAGAAUCCAGGAGUGCAUUUGCUAUGGCUUUUCAUUAUUUAUUGUUACGUUAACGAAUGCGAGGGUUUUCACAUAGUUCAUCUGUUUUCCCUAGUUGGAUUCAAAAAUUCUAAAUUGGUAGCUUCCACAUUAAAUCCUGUACCGUUCACCACGCAUCCAGCGACCGUGUACAUCUACCUGUAAACUAUUGUAUGAAGACCCUCCAUGUAGUCAAUUUACAACUGCAAGCCCUGAUCCGCAGCAUUUCCUGCAGGAGUCCGUCACGUGAUCUUUCAGUCAUCCGCGUCGCCUCGCGUUUCCCAAGCUUCUUCUGUCCGCAAAGCUCUU